AUGAGCGUUCCCAGCCAACCCCAGCCCCAAAACGGGCUCGACCCCGCCGUGCAUGGCAGGCUGCGCAAGGAGCCGUCCGGGAUGUCGCUGAACCGCGCCGGGACGCCGCUGUCGGCGCGCGCGGGGACGCCGAUGUCCGUGCGCUCGCACCAGACGACGGGGCAGGCGAGCGGCGACGGGGAGUACUACUACGACGACGACGACGACGUGCUGGACGACUACACCCACGAGCGGCUGCCGACGGAGCCGCCGCGGAUGGACCUCGAUCUGCCCGUGUCCGACCUGGACCUGACGGUGACCUUUGAGUCCAUCCUGUCCGAGGGCUCGACGCCCGCGCCUGAAGAGACGGAGCGAGUGACGAAGCGGCAGAGCAACGUGCUCAAGCUCGCGGAGCAGAACGAGCGGCUGAAGGAGGAGUUGCGGGCGAUGACCGAGCGGUUGGAGGCGGCGGAGCGCAGACAGCAAGACCUCGAGUCGCGCGCGCGGCGGUCGCUCGAGAGCGGGCACUAG